CUCUUUUAACAUAGUUUUUCUUUCCUUUUUUCGCACUGAAAAUGAAAAUCAUGGGAAGCCAUAUUUUAUCCCUCUACACUUCCUCACAGGCAUCAAAAAUGAAACGCCUCACUGCAUAUGUGCCCAUGAACAUAAGGAGAUUCGGCCACUGGCAUGGCACCGAGGAGAGAGCUCCGUCGACAGCUGAGGAAUUCAAAAGAGUGGGCGAAGAGAAAAGCCGACGAGAGGUUACUAGUCAGACGGUAGAGGAGGCGCAAGAUGGCGUCGAGGAGGCCACCGUGGGCGAUUCCGAAGUAGAAUCCGUCAAGGAGCGGUACAAGGAACCUCCGGGCAAAGGAAACUUCCACAAAAGGGGGAUGAAUGAAGAACCGGUUUCUAGUAAUAUUUUUUGUUUUUUUUUCUUUUGUUAGAUGGAAAUAAGGAUCAUGCUUGAAAAUAAGCAAUUUGCAUAAUGUAAACAAACAAGACAAUGUUAGCUCAUCAAAUAAAUUGUGGUUUUAUUUGUUGCAGAA